CGACAGAGCGCCGACGGACGCCUCUCUCCGCCUCUCUCCGCCCGGCAGACGAACCAACACCACAGAGAGCAAACAUGGCGGCGUCCCUGGUGCGGUUUGUCCGCGGAGGUCUCGGAAAGACUUUUAACAUCGCGAGGAGUUCGUGUCUCCUCCAGCAGCAGACCAGACUGCAGAGCUCCACCACGGAGACCCAGCCCACCGUCAGGCCCGCGGAUGCCGUCACUCACAACCAGCUGGCAGCGUUCGGAGAGUACGUGGCUGAGAUGAUGCCCAAGUACAUCCAGCAGGUCCAGGUGACCUGUUAUAAUGAGCUGGAGGUGAUGAUCCACCCUGAUGGGGUGGUCCCGGUGCUCACCUUCCUGAGGGACCACACCAACGCUCAGUACAGGAACAUGAUUGACCAGACUGUUGUCGACAUCCCAUCACGGCAGAACCGCUUUGAGAUCGUGUACAACCUGCUGUCUCUGCGCUACAACUCUCGUAUCCGCAUCAAGACGUACACGGACGAGUUGACGCCGGUGGACUCUGCGGUUCCCGUCCACAAGGCGGCCAACUGGUACGAGAGGGAGAUUUGGGACAUGUACGGCGUGUUCUUCGCCAACCACCCGGACCUGAGGCGUAUCCUGACGGACUACGGCUUCGAGGGACACCCGUUCAGGAAAGACUUCCCUCUGUCGGGAUACGUCGAGGUGCGCUAUGACGACGAGGUGAAGCGUGUGGUGGCCGAGCCCGUGGAGCUGUCGCAGGAGUUCAGGAAGUUCGACCUGAACACGCCCUGGGAGGUCUUCCCCGCCCACCGGGAGCCCAAAGAGGCCACGCCCAAACUGGCGGCUGGUGACGAGGCCCCGGAGAAGAAGUGAUGACACACACACACACACGCACACACACACACGCACACACACACCAUCACCACUGUGUUCGUGUCAUCCUGGGACUCAAGCCCCCUGAAAAAACCCUCCUGAAAUAUUUAUGUAAAUAAAACGAUCUUUAAACGA